UGUUAUGCGUCGUUAUCAAUGUCGCGAAUAUCGUUACGGCACGCGUUCAAUUUUCAAGAGUGGUUCAGUUGUGCUGAAGGCGCGAGGAUCCGACGGAACAUACGGGGGGAGUUCCUGACACUUGUCGUGUCUCAUUAGUUCGAUUGAUUUUUUUUUUAAGAAGACUAAAUUACAAUGGGUUUGGAAGAUUAUAAGGAACUCGUGGGGAACUCAGCGGCGAUAUGCACGAUGGCGCAAAUGUUAUCUGGAACAUUGAUCUGCCGGGAUAUUUAUCGCAAGGGCACCGCCGAUGGAUUCGAUCCAAUGCCGUUCAUCGGAGGAGUUGGAAUGGGAUUGCUGAUGCUCCAGUACGCCUUCAUCGUCAAUGAUCCUGCCAUGAUCAGCGUCAAUGUCUUUGGCUUGACCACUAGUUUAUUAUAUGUCCUAGUGUUUUAUGUUUAUUCACCGAAAAAGAACGAACUUGUGAUGACGAUAGUAAAGACCCUCGGAAUCGUCGGGAUCUUCCUGGCAUACGCACAAAUUGAGAAUCCAGUGACUCUCGAGUUCAGAUGGGGCAUUUUAACGACUCUUUUACUCUUUAUGUUGAUCGCAGCACCACUGGCCAAUCUCGGAGAGGUGAUAAGAACCAAAAGCACGGAGAUCCUACCAUUCCCCCUGAUAGCAAUGGGCACUCUGGUGUCUUCUCUAUGGCUGUUGUACGGAAUAAUAAUCGACAAUUCAUUUAUCGUCGUACAAAAUGUCGUGGGACUGGGCCUUUACAUCGUCCAACUCUCCCUAUUCGCGAUAUUCCCAUCGAGACCUGCGGACAAGUCCGAGGAGAAGAUGAAAUGAAUUUUAUGAAUGAAAAAUAUUCUAAUUAAUGUCGACUCCUCGUUCAGGAUAUCAUUGAGCAUUCCAGUCUCUCAAUUUAGUGAUUGAUUUUUAAACAACAUUCUCCUUUUUCAUUAAGCAAUUAACUGUGAACAAAUAUUUUUAUUGUUAAUUAGAAGUGAGUGAUGUAAAUAAACUAUUUUUUUUAGAA